CUUCCCGUCUUCAUCACAUGGAGCAGUAUUGUGGAGAGACUCAACGAAGCAAGCGCGCCUACAGACACAGGACCACAAGUCGGAGCGACUCUGACGGGUCCGAUACGGAUACUGGUUCAAACGAAAACCCAUCUCGUCCCGGGCGACGAAUACGCAGAGAGAGUGAUGCUCAUGCGAAACAUUAUUUGCCAGCACACCUGGAACCGCGACUUCGAUUUCAGCCAGGACCGCUGGAAUUCGCCCCCCACCGACGAUCCACCCUUUCUCUGGUAUCGGUGGACGGGAAAGUCCCUCGUUGCCAUUCAACACGCCCUGCCUGCAGAGCUACAGGCUAGGCUCAGGGCUUUUCCAUUCACAAGGCAGCCAACUCGACGACCGCCAGGAAGGGCGCCUGUGCAAUUUGACCCUGUCCGCAGACGUGAGAUUAUCCGAACGAAACUACGAUCCAACAUGAGGAUUAUAAACGACGAUCUCAAGUUCUUGAGGGAACAUCCCGAGCAUGCGAAAUGCCUGAGAGACAGCAUCGAGCCCAGGCUUUGGUCCAAGGUCGGAUCCGUCUGCGAUUCGCAGGAUGGCGAGGAAUAAUCCGAUGCUGCCACGAGAGACUGGAUCUACAACCCCGGAGUGGGACAUAUACAUUUGGCCUGGCGGUCAAGAAGAAGGAGGCUGCUUCCAGGGGCCGCAUGAGCUUCGGAGGGGGGGUAUGAGCCUACGGCCCUAUCGACCACCACCUGGACAGGCCGAGGGACGUCUCGAAUCAUUUGGUCCCUAGCUCUUCAC